AUGCAUUUAGUGCUCUCUCGGAUCGAGCCCAAGGACCUGGACGCCGUCGUGCCUAUCCUGUUCAAAUCAUUCCACAAGAUCGACUUGGCCAACGUCUUCUUCGGCCGCGAAUCUCCAGCGUCGUACGCCUACGCCAAGAGACAGCUCCUGGAGGGAAUGCAAAAGGACCCGGCCGACGUGUUUCUCAAGAUCGAGGAUCUCGAUGCCGAAGCGGACGUCAAUGUUCUAGACGACAAGGGAAACACGGUGCGCACAGAGCGCAGGAAAAGAAUCGUCUGCGUCAGCAAUUGGAAGAUAUACCCUACCUACGUGACACCCCAGGAGCUGCAGCAGCAGCAGCACGAGCACGAGCACGGGCAAGGGGGCCAGAGAGCACCGACCGAUAACAAGCCCGAUUAUGGCGAUGGCGAUGGUGAUGGCCGUGGUCUAGGAUCAAAGCUGGAACUCAAGGCCAAGAAAGCUGCCGCAGAACCGGCCUUUUCGUAUCUAGAGACAGAACAGGAACGCAGCGACGCGGCAACCCUGAUGGAAGACUUCCUCAGUCGCCGACGGCGUGAGUGCCGCGAGGCCCAUGUCCUGUGUUUCCUCCUCUUCACCGAUCCCGACUACCAAGGCAAAGGCUGCGGGAGGAUGAUGAUGCAGUGGGGAAACGAUGUCGCGGAUGCGCUGAUGCUGCCGUGUUGGAUCGAGGCCAGUCCCGAGGGCGAGUUGCUGUAUCUUCAAAUGGGUUACCUGGGACGCGAGAGGGUCAGGAUCCAAACCAAGAGCUUUCUCGGCGAGUAUUUGCACAUGCGACGACCACUGAUGGUCGAGCGGGUGAGAUUGGAGGGGCGGACGUUGGUGAGGGAGCCGGCCGGCGGAUCCUUGUCAAAUUAG